GUGUCUUAUCCCACUAUCUAGGGUCCAGCCGCCAUGGGUGCCGUCUUGCCGUGUCAUCAGAGUAACAUAUAGCGAAAACGUUUAGAAAUUGAAGAUCGAUCAUCGCAUUUUUUUUAAUCAUUUAACCGGCAUAGUCUUGAUUUACUUACGACAAUGCCUUCCAUUAGAAGCUUGACGAUGACUUUGGACGCGGUGAAUGAGAACGGGACGUUUUCGGAGGGAGACCGUUUAACUGGAAAAGUAACACUGGACUUAAUCAAGGAAAUUACGGUUCAGAGUCUGUAUAUUAAAGCUAAGGGAGACGCUGUUGUUCGUUGGACGCAAAAGAGGGGCGAUCACUCCCAUACACACACUGCACAAAGGAGAUAUUUCAAACUGAAGCAGUUUUUAGUCCCAGUGGAAUCCAAGGACACCAUCAUUCCCCGAGGGACCCAUGUCUAUAAAUUUAGCUUCAACAUACCACCAGGAAGCAUGCCUUCAUCCUUCAAGGGGACUCAUGGAAAGAUUGUUUACAAGCUGGAAGCUGCACUGUCCAGAAGUUGGAGGAUGGACCGUGAAGUAGAAAAGGAGAUACAUUUCGUCUCCAAGUCCUUUCCAAAUCUUCAGUCUCUGAUGUCAUCCCAAGUUGCUUCAGCAAAAAAAGAGAUGGGGCUUUUCUCAAAAGGACAUGUACAGAUGGAUGUCACUGUUGACAGAAGGGCGUAUGCCCCAGGUCAAACAGUGGCAAUUGUUGCAAAAAUCAACAAUUCCUCAUCCAGUGACGUGACACCCAAAUUCAGUUUAAUCCAGGAUGUUUUGUUCCAUGCCAGCAGCGAUAUGAAGCAAGAAAGAACCGUUAUCCACAAGGUGGUUGACAGCUGUAUUAGAGCCUACACAGAGAAGAGCGUCCGCUGUGUAAUAAGGAUUCCUCAUGGUCAGAUACAGACAAUCGAGAAUUGUGAGAUUAUCUCAGUGGAAUACUAUUUAAAGGUGUAUCUGGACAUCAGCUUUGCUUUCAAUCCAGAGGUCACUUUCCCAGUCGUCAUUCUUCCUCCUGACUUAGCUCUUGGCACUCAGCCUGGCGUGGCUGCGGGUCCCUAUCCAGCUGGGGCUACUGGGGGCCCAAGUAACAGCGACUUCCCUCCCCUAGCAGCGUCUAGGCAUUCUUCUCCUGCAUCCCCACAUUCAGGCAGUCACAGAUACCUAGGAGCUCAAAGGUAUUCAGCACCAGGACCUGCAUACCCAGCUAGCCCACAAAUGUAUGCUGCUCCACCCAAUGUGUACUGGGGUCAGCCAGCACACAUGCGUGGGGGCUACAAUAACGCAGUGCCACAGCACGCUUCUCCAUAUGGAUCUCCAUUUUCAUCCUCAUCAUCAACUUCUGUGCUUCACCCUCCGCCUACUGCUCCAACGUUUCACCCAUCUCCAUCUGCCCCAGAGAUCCAGCCAUCCCCUUCUGCACCGUUUAACAUAUCCCCAACUGCUCCUUCAUACGAUUCACUGCCUUCUACACCAAUGAUGAACAUAGACUUCCUGUCUCAAUCAGAUGAACCUCCUCCAGCAUAUUCCCUCCUUUUCCCAUCCUCUGCAACUGACACACCUGAUGCAAAUAGAAUGUCUCCGAUCAAGGAGUUCGAUCUGACUUGUGAAGCUCUCAACGAAGCGGGCACUUUUUCCGAAGGAGAUACGGUGUCAGGCAGAGUUAGUUUGACUUUGAAGAAAAACACGAAAGUGAAGAGUCUCUCCGUGAAAGUCAAAGGGGAAGCACGCGUCAGCUGGUCAGAGGGAUCAGGAGACGACAGGAGAUCGUACAGUGCUCACAGGAAAUACUUCAAAAUCAAAGAGUGCUUAGUCGCAGAAAAUGAUAAAGACACUGUUCUUUCUGGGGGGGUCCAUCAGUUUAAGUUCAGGAUGAAACUCCCACAGGGGGAAAUGCCAUCAUCCUUCAAGGGGCUUCAUGGAAACAUUGUCUACACGCUUGAAGCCAAGACGUCCAGGAGCUGGCGGUUUCCCUCUAGAGUACAAAAGCAUAUCCAUUUUCUUUCGAGGUCUUUAACACACCCUCAACAAGUAAUGUGUCCACAAUCUGGUUCAGUAAAUAAACAGAUGGGAAUUUUUUCUAAAGGACAGGUCCAAAUGUCUGCUACGGUUGACAGAAAGGUUUGCGCUCCAGGUGACACCUUGUCUGUUGUUGCCAAAAUCCAAAACUUAUCUUCCAAAACCAUGAGGCCCAAAUUCAGUCUACAUCAGAAAAUAGUCUACAGCGCCAGUGGCUCAACUAAAAUUAGUGACACAAGUCUAUGCAAAGGUUUGGGGGAAACUAUCGCAGCAAACAGAGAGGAAACAGUCUACUGCCAACUGAAGAUUCCUGAUGAUGCCAUCUACUCUAUCCAAAAUUGUGAUAUCCUCUCAAAUAACUAUUACCUCAAGGUGUAUUUGGACAUCAGCUUUGCCACUGACCCAGAGGUGGUGUUUCCACUGGUCAUCGUUCCUGCUGGCUUUGCUAACCCUCAGGCUCAUGAGGUUGUGGGUCCUUACCCACCGGGGGCUGUUGGGGGCCCAAGUUACAGCGACUUCUCUCCCCCUGCUUUCCCCGUUGGACCUUAUCAUGUACCCCCAGGUCCAGGUCCAGGUCCAGGUCCAGGUCCCUAUGGAUACUCAGCGCCAUUUCCCGCUCAACCUGUGAACAUAACAAGUGGCUAUAAUAAUCAGUGGCCACAACAGCCCGCUCCAUAUUUUCCAGCUGCAACCUUCCCAUUAUUUUCAGUGCACUAUCAAGCUCCUGCUGCUUUACCUCAGUUCCAACAGGGUGAAGGACCUCCAUCAUAUAUGGACAUUUCCCUUCCUUCCUUUUACACUCAUAGCUCAGAUCAUAACAUCUGAGCUCCAGAAGGAACACAAGCACAUAGGGUUGAAAUAGGAUGAUGAUGAUGAGAGUAUUUGAGCUAUUUUUAAUGUGAAAUGGGAAAAUAUUUGCUAUUUACAAAUGAAAAUAUAUUUUGUAUUUGCCCUACUGUUUAACAUUCUUUUACAGUCAUGUUAUAUAUGAAAGAAUGUUUCAUAUGUUUAGAUUGUGUGUGUCUGGGUGUGUGUGUGUGUUCUGAUGUAAAACCAAAACUACCUGUCUGUGCCCCUCAUUCAUGUCAUUUUACAGGGGAAGAUUGUUGUAUUAAGUUUAGUAAUAACUGUUACGGCCCUGGCUGUAUUUCCUUAGCUCUGUUCUAGUUUAUGUCCUGUGUUGUGUGUGAGUGUGAGAGUGAGUGCUCUCUUCCUGAGAGGAUGUCUGCAACUGAUCAGUUAAUUUGCAAUAUCCUGCCUUUUGAAAUGCCCUGGGUCCCUGCAAUCUGCAGGUAGCUUUCUGACAGCAGCACCUGGUACUGUAGUUUUGUUGCAUAGUGACUGUGUGUAUUAGAUGUAAAAUUGUUGGGCCUUUUGCCCUUGUUGUCAGUGAUCUUGGAUAUUCUGUAAAUAAAACAGGAAGUUUCUUUUCAUAAAUAGCACUGAAGUUGUUGGGAUCAACUGCCAUUUUAUUUGGCACUGUUUUCUCCAGCUUUGAUUUACUCUUGGUUUAGAAAAUGUCCUUUUGUUUGUUUGUUUGUUUCACAUAGGGAUUAUUUAGCACAAUUUGAGGAGAUAUUAUUUUGU